CCGUCACAGUCAGGUGGGUGACCUUACUUGAGGUGGGAAGGGAGGAUCUUUGAAGAAGACAACUUGUUUUCAGAGAAUAAUGAAUUUCAUAAGUGAAUUGUUUAAAUUGACUGAAUAUUGAAUAAUGGAUGAAACUCCACAUAAUAUUUUGGGUUAUACUACAAAGGAAGCAUUAAUAAAGUUACGCAACGACAUCAUUUCUGUCAUAGAAGAACAUAAACAAAAAAGUCCCUCUGGAUUCUGUCUCGUUCGGAAUAUUAUAUCAUUUUCUUCGGAAAAGGUGCUUCUUUCUGGAGUAGCAUAUACAAUAACACUCAUUUAUUCAGUAUCUUUGGUGCUUACAUAUCUUUUGGGCCACACUCAUGCCUAUCUGCUAUGGGAAGCAGUGUUCCUAUUGGUGAUCCUGGUUUUAAAUUUUAUAGUAGCAUACAAUGAAGAAUAUUUACGCAGGAAUGAAAUCCCACACAGAGUCAAAAAAGUUUUAGAAACCUUGGAAAAUACAAUAAAACGAUCAAAAUGGAGUGAAGAACACUAUCCACACCUAUGUGCACCAUUCUCCCCUUGUGUGAUUCUUCAAUGGACCUACAGGGAUGCUACAAUAGUGAACCUUCCAUGGGCCCUCUUGGUGGAAGGAGAUGUGAUAGUAUUGAGACCCGGGCAAGAGGUCCCUGGUCACUGUCGUGGGCUCCAACCAGACGAACCAGAACUGUUUUUUGGACAAAUUUUCCAGCCUAGCCCUCCGGAAAAGGAGCACUUCGACGCGCCUCGCAUUCGUACGCCGCACCAGAACAAAGCGUAUAGGAUGUGUGAGACACCUUAUCUGAAGAAUUUGAAGUUAGCUCUAGAGGAAGCGACCAAUAGGCCCGUCACUGUCUUUGAAAAACAACGUUAUUUGUGCACAGUAAAGAUAAUGGAGGGCAUCGUCCUGCCGCUCGUGAUCGCGCUGGUCGUGGUGGCCAGCUUCGUGCGCCACGUGUACCAGCUGCCGGGCGGCACCCACUGGCCGGAGAUCUACCUGCUGCAGACCAUAGCGGCUUCGUUGCCGCUGCUUCAGAUCAUCUUCCCCAUCGCGUGGGUCUCCCUAACUUGUUACGGCUUGGCCAGGUUCAAAAUUCUAUCGGAAACGCGGCAAAAGUACAUCCGUCCGAAGUCCUGCUCCAUAUCUGAGGACGCCAGCGAUCCGCUGAUACAGGCUCUCAGCGAGUCCAACCUCAAACCGGAGAGCCUCAAGUCUUUGGGGAAGACGUUCAUCAAUAUAUUGACGGGGAAAGAAGAUAUGAUCGCGAGAACGGCGAAUAUCGUACAUGUGCUUGGCUCUUUGUCGGCGUUAUGCUGCGUGGACAAAAAAGGCAUACUGUCAUGGCCGAACCCCACCGCGGAGAAGGUGUUCUUUCUGAGAAACUCGAGUCCAUCGUCCAACAGUUCCAGCAAGACCAGUCUCGUGGGCUCCAUGGGCCAUCAGAGCAACGCUGCUGAGGAGACAGCAGACACCAAGCCAGUUGCUGAAACAUCCACUAUAGUGGAAGUCCUAGACCUGACCCACGACCAGAAUGCGCCGUUCUGCGUGGAAUGGGACGACGCUCGUUGGAGACAGCAUCUGUCGCUGCUGAAGCCGCUGGGGCUGGCGGCGCUGCUCAACACGUGCGCACACGUGCCCAGACACACUUACGCACAGUUCUGUGCACACCUCACCUGCGAGGCACAGUACAGUGAGGACCUGGUCCCUGUUACCAACCGCCGGUGUCUGUGUGAGUUGGCGAAGCAGAUCGGCUUCGCAGACGCCGUGGCCGACGCUUACACCGUGCACGAGUGCCUGCCCAUCUUCAGGCAUCUGCAAGCGGACACAAUCCGCCGAGAGACCAAGUUCGUCCGCUCCCUACAACUGAGCACCCGCGUGAAGGUGCCGCUGCCCCACAUGCUGUGCGUGCUGGUCCGGGACCGCGCCGGGCAGCUGCAGAUGUUGUCGCAGGGCACAGCAGACAUAGUCCUGGAUUCUUGCGUGGAUUACUGGAACGGGCGGGAUUUGACGCAGAUCUCUCCAGCAGACCGCAAGAAGAUCAUCGACUUCUACCAGAGGAACUCCCUCACCGCCUACUGCACCGCCUUCGCUUAUAAGCCGCUGAGCCGCGGCGUGGCGCCGGCGCUGGCGCACACGUACCUGGAGCUGCCGGCGCGCGCGCGCCCGCCCGCCGCGCGCGCGCCGCACUGGCCCGACAUGACGCCGCUGCACUUCCACUCCACCGACUCUUUGCUGUUGAACGAGGUGACUGACGAGGACGUAAACGACGCCGAAGGAUAUUUCGACAUGCAGUGCAAUCAGGUGUUUAUAGGCAUGGUUACAAUGCAGUAUCAGGCUCAAAGCGACAUGGUCGAGCUUAUUGAGCGGCUCGAGCGAGCGUGUAUACGCUUCGUCCACUUCAGCAAAGAGAACGAACUUAGAUCCAGGGUUUUUAGUGAGAAGAUGGGCCUGGAGUCAGGCUGGAACUGCCAUAUAUCGCUUAUGUCCGACGAGACUGAGCCCAGCAAGAGUGGGUCGCCGCUGUCUCCGCGCACGUGGCCCGCCCGCCAGCGCGCCAACACCGCCACUCACGCGCAACAACACAACUAUAGUACCAACAUGGCGUCGUCGCGAGCGUUGUCUAUGUCAGCGCCGGGAGCCAUCAAUUUGGAGCACACGACGGUUAAAUUCGACAACGAAAUCAAGAAGGCUAGACAUUCGAUCACCACGCAUAACGGACUCAAGAUGCCACGAGGCAGCAUCCCGGUGUCGGACCAGUCCGCCGACUCCCUCCUGGAAGGCGGGGAUGAAGACUCCCCCGUGGACGCCUGUCGCUCCCUGUCCUGCCUCACCGACUCCACUGACCACUCGGCGCCAGUCAACUUUGACAUGAGCAACCGAGCAAAAUUACCGCGCGGCAUCGAGAACAUACGGCCGCACAUAGAACAAGUGGACAACGUGCCGCUGCUGGUGUCUCUGUUCACGGACUGCACUGCCAGCUCUGUGCAGCAGAUGGUGCAGAUCAUGCAGGAUUACGGCGAGGUGGUUUGUGUCAUGGGGUCCGCGGCAAACUGUCUCAACAUGGAGAUAUUUAUGCAGGCAGAUGCCAGCAUAGCAGUGGAGCCGCUUUAUCCAGUAUUAUGUCAAAAAAUGCCGCCAUACCAGCUGCCGGAGAAAUGCAUCGGCCCCAUAGACCUGGCGCGGUCGUUGAACUCUGUACCUUGCUCAUUGUCGAUGACUCGCGACGCCGACGUAUCAUUGUUCGCGUUGAUCACGAUGUCCCGCCACUACAUGACGUGUCUAUGGAACAGCACGCAGUUUUGGAUGUGCGCCGUCUGUUACAUAGCGUUGUUGCAGGUGACGUCACUGUGCAGCCUGCUGCCCCUGGCCCUGGGCGUGGUGGGCGCCACGCUGAGCAGCGCGCUGAGCGUGCCGCUGCUGGCGGCCGCGCUGGCCUUCGCGCCGCCGCACGCCGCCGUCAUGCAGCGCGCCGCCACCAGGCCGCACAUGGCCGUCACCCUUACCAUGGCGUCCUUCAUAUUCUGGUGCUACGCGUGCAAGUUCCUACCCUCCGCUAUAUUCAUCUUAACCAUUUACGGUCUAACUCUUCGCUCGUUCUGCGAGCAAAUAGCAACAGCAACUAACUCCACCGGCUGUUGGCUGGUAUACCCGAUCAACUUGGGAGAAGUCGAGGAAGAGUUUGACCUGUCAAAGAAGAGUUUCCACGGGUGGCGCGACGAUUUCUACCACGGCUUCUAUUUGGUGCAGAAUAUCGUUCUUGUACUGGUAACGGUGCAUUUAAUUGUGAUAUCAUUAUCUUUUGUACAUCGACAAUCUUCCAUAUGGCAGAAAAAAUUUUGGACGAACAAAGUGUGGUGUGGGAGUGUAGUAGUUUUAUUAAUAUUACAGGCAGCAUUUACAGCUAAGGCGCUGAGCGUACAAUACGGUGCCUGCGAAAAGUGGGGCAUUUGCGACAUGACGUUCACCGUGAGCGCGCCGCUGUGGGCCGCGUGCGGGGCCUCGCCGCUCCUCGUGUUCGUCAUCAACGAGCUGCUCAAGUGGCAGGAGAUCAAGGUCGACGCCCGCAACCAACGGCGCGCUAGACUGGACUUCGGAACUAAGUUGGGAAUGAACUCUCCAUUCUAGGGCUCCACACCACUACUAGUCAAUUUUAGCUUUAUAUCGACAGUGACGGCUGACUUUGCCAACUUAAGUUAAGGAAAAAUGUGACAUUGUACUUAAAAUGUACUCAACUAUAUUUUGUACUUAUUUUAUUUAGGAAUCCAACUUUACAGACAAUGACGACGUGAGAAAUAAAUCGAUUUAUACUUUCA